CUAACACAUGGAAUGAAAAAUACAAUUCGUUACAAAAAACACCUGUUUGGAAAGGAAGGAAUACUGGCUCUACUGUGGAAAUGCCUUUCAGAAAUUCAAAACGAAGUCGGCUAUUUUCUGAUGAAGAUGACAGACAAAUAAAUACGAGAUCACCUAAAAGAAACCAAAGGGUUGCAAUGGUCCCACAGAAAUUUACAGCAACAAUGUCAACACCAGAUAAGAAAGCCUCACAGAAGAUUGGUUUUCGAUUACGUAAUCUCCUCAAGCUUCCCAAAGCACAUAAAUGGUGCAUAUAUGAAUGGUUCUACUCAAAUAUAGAUAAGCCACUAUUUGAAGGUGAUAAUGACUUUUGUGUAUGUUUAAAGGAAUCCUUUCCUAAUUUGAAAACAAGGAAGUUAACAAGAGUAGAAUGGGGAAAAAUCAGGCGACUUAUGGGAAAACCACGGAGAUGUUCUCCUGCAUUUUUUGAUGAAGAGAGAUCAGCGUUAAAACAGAAACGGCAGAAAAUAAGGCUUUUACAACAAAGGAAAGUUGCAGAUGUUUCACAGUUCAAAGAUCUCCCAGAUGAAAUUCCGUUACCUCUGGUUAUUGGAACCAAAGUUACAGCACGAUUACGUGGUGCUCAUGAUGGUCUGUUCACUGGACAAAUAGAUGCUGUGGAUACUCUUAAUGCUACCUAUAGAGUAACUUUUGAUAGGACAGGGCUUGGAACCCAUACCAUCCCUGACUAUGAAGUUCUGAGUAAUGAGCCCCAUGAAACAAUGCCAAUUACUGCCUUUGGACAAAAACAACGGCCUUCUAGAUAUUUUAUGACUCCACCACGGUUACAUUAUACUCCUCCUCUCCAGUCACCAAUCACAGAUAAUGACCCUUUAUUAGGACAGUCACCGUGGAGAAGUAAAGUAUCUGGCUCUGACACUGAAACUCUAGGUGGUUUUCCAGUAGAAUUCCUUAUCCAAGUGACCAGAUUAUCAAAGAUUUUAAUGAUUAAAAAGGAGCAUAUUAAGAAAUUAAGAGAAAUGAAUACAGAAGCAGAAAAAUUGAAAUCGUAUUCUAUGCCCAUUGGCAUUGAAUUUCAGCGAAGAUAUGCAACAAUUGUUUUAGAACUUGAACAGCUGAACAAAGACCUUAACAAAGUCUUACAUAAAGUUCAACAGUACUGUUAUGAGCUUGCUCCAGACCAGGGCCUUCAGCCUGCAGAUCAGCCAACAGACAUGAGACGAAGAUGUGAGGAAGAAGCACAGGAAAUUGUUCGGCAUGCAAAUUCCUCAACAGGACAGCCCUGUGUUGAAAAUGAAAAUCUUACAGACUUAAUAUCCAGGCUCACAGCUAUUUUAUUACAAAUUAAGUGUCUAGCAGAAGGAGGAGACCUGAAUUCCUUUGAAUUCAAAUCACUUACAGAUUCAUUAAAUGAUAUCAAGAAUACAAUAGAUGCUUCUAAUAUCAGUUGUUUUCAGAAUAAUGUAGAAAUCCAUGUUGCACACAUUCAGAGCGGCCUGAGCCAGAUGGGAAACUUACAUGCCUUUGCAGCAAAUAAUACCAACAGAGACUGAGUCGAAGAUUCCAUUACUCAACUGCAGAGGACAUUGUUUUUGAAAAGUUCCUUUCCUUUAUAUAGGCUUCCAACACCAAAUAACCUACCUUCUGGAAAACAAGAGAAAUAUAAAUCUUCAAAUAAGGCAUUUUAACAUACUGUACUGCUUCUUAAACCAGCAUUGCUGACCAGCAUUAUAUUUAUUUUCUUUUAUUAUUCAGCUGUAUUAGCAUUGCUUACGUCACAUGUUUAUUAGCAAGUAUUUUAAAACAGAAAAUGUCUAAAUGUAAUAGGAUUUCACAGAAGACUGUUGACUUUUUCUUUGUGCAUGAAUCGAACACUUGCAGAUAACUACUGAAAUUGAGACUAUGAAGAAACAUGGCCUUUGUGUUCAUAUGUGCAACAAUGUGAAAAUAUCUAGAAAAUCACAAUUCCAGAUUCUUUAGUUGUUCACAAUCUCAGUCUUCAAAAGAUAACAUUCUAAGAUACAAGAAGUCCUAGUUGUAAGGAAGCCUCUGGAAUAUAGAUAGGAAAUAUGGACUUAACAAGUAUAUGUGAUAUAUACUUGCAGUGUGACAUGGUUUUAUAGAUCAUUUUAUAAUAUUUUAAUUUAUCAUAAUUUAUAAAGAAACCUUUGUUGUUUGUCUGUUGAAA